AUGGCGUCCGCGAGCGUUGUGGGGCAGCACCCGGGUCCGCAUCGGCUGGACUCGGAACCGCAGCUCCUGUUCUGCAGAAAGAAAAGCAGCCUUCCGAGAAAAUCCUCCUUCGAAAAGAUGAUGCUGUUCAGGAAGAACUCGGUGACCGCGGCCGAAGUUGACGGCGGAUCCGCCGCCGCCGCUCCAGCUGCCGGCACAGCAACGCUACACCUCCCCGCGAUGUCCCCCGGGCGGAGAGGAGACGAAGAAACGGCCGUGGCGGGAGGAGGGAUGCCCGGGGAAGGAUGCGCAAUCCUGCCCGCUCAUGCGCCACGUAGCGCGGAGAAAGCGGAGGGCAGGGACCGGGUCAGCGGCGGCGCCGCGGAGAGGGACGCCGCCGCGGCGGGGCGUGUGCGCACUCACACCGGGGACUACAACAGUAACAUGGACUCCUAUCCAAAUCUUAACGUCAAGCCGAGAAGGGUUUCAGUCAGUCGGACCGGCGUCGAUGACAUGCCGGGCUCCCUGGUUGACAAUGGGCAUAACGCAGCGCACACUCGCCCGGAGGUGGCACGGGGGAGACGCGCGUGCCUCGGUGGCAACAAGGCGGCACAAAACAGCGUCUCCAGGGGGUCGGGGUCGGAGGGAGAGACCGGGAGGCUGCCGUUAAAGCGGCUAACGCAGGGCAGGACCGGGGUGGUCAAACUCGCCCGCACCGAACGCCGCCGGCGCCAGGCCUGGUCCAUAUUCCCGCAGGAGGACCCGCGGGUGCAGGCGGAGACGGGAGAGGGACACCGGUUCGACUCCAAGCCAGUUACGCAGGACUGGUGUGACGUCUGCAGCCGACAGAUCAAAACUCAGGCGCUCCGGUGUCAAAGUACGUAUCCCGACAUUGCAUUUAGACUUGACGUCUACGUCGGUGGUGGGUCCAGUGGCACAUGCAACAUAUUUUUGAACGGGGCCGCCAAAGAGGGAGAGCCUGAGACGAGCAGCCGGAGCAGCCGGAGCAGCGUAAAGCCUCCCAACACAAACCCCACCGUGUCCUCCUACAGGCUGUGGCUACAGGCUGUGCCUGCAGCAGCAGCAGCAUCUCCGGCUAGUGAAGCAGUGAUGAAGCUGGCUGCUCUCGCAGUGCAGAAUGAGGCCCGGGAGGAUGAGGAGGGAGGAACGAAGGCCCUGGCGGAGGAAGAGGUGCGGAGCAAGAUAGAGGCGUACAACUCUCAAGUCUCUGAUAUUGGCAUGAAACUGGGUUCAGAUGGUUCCUAUACGGGUUUCGUGAAGGUCCACCUGAGGCUAAGUCGACCGGUCACAGUGGAAGCGGCGAGCUCGGAGGGAGGGUCCAAGCAGACGGACAGACGCGGUCAACCGGCCGCGGCCUCGGAGGGCCAGGCCGGGGCCGAGAGUGGUCAGAAUGAAAAGAGGACGUCCUUCUACCUACCGUGCGGCUGCGUGACGCAGCUCCACAUCAGCUCUACCACCACGGCCAGAGAGGUCAUCCAGGGCCUGCUCAAGAAAUUCCUGGUGCUGGACAAUCCCCGCAAGUUCGCCUUAUACAGACAGACACACCGCGAUGGACAGGAUCUGUUCCAGAAACUUCCCCUGUGUGAGCGUCCUCUUCUUCUGAGGCUGAUGGCAGGUCCUGACCCAAAGCAGCUCAGCUUUGUCCUCAAGGAGAAUGAAACCGGAGAAGUGGAGUGGUAUGCGUUCUCGGUCCCCGAGCUACAGAACUUCCUGGUCAUCCUGGAGAAGGAGGAGGCUGAACGCGUGCGAGCGGUGGAGCAGCGGUACACUGCGUAUCGGCAGAAACUACAGCAGGCUCUGCGGCAGCAUGACCCCUGACCCCCCGCCCCCGCCCCCACACCAACACCACCCCCACCACCUGUUACCUUAUGACCUUUAACCCAGGGAGAGACUAACCCUUGGAGGCCAUACCCAAGAUCUCUUCAGAGACUGGAGCCAGGGCUGAACUUGUAUCCCCUCAUACCCUCGUCUCACACACACACACGCACACACACGCACACACACGCACACACGCACACACACGCACACACACACACACACAAACACGCACAGAGCACAUAUACGGGCACACGGACACCUUUUCUCAGGACAACUUUUCAGAUCUAACCCCCAAGGAAAGGCUAUGGCGUGUUAUGUGAUGUGUGGGCUGCCUGGACGAGCGGCGGCGUCCACAUAGCCGAGGGAGCUCGGAGACGCGUCCCCCCACUCUGCCGUAGGACUUCAGCUGGGACUGAUGCGAUGCAGUUUGAGCCGGCGGUGUUUUUAAAGAUUUCUUCUUCUUCUUCUGCUGCUGCUGCUGCUGCUGUUGCUGCUGCUGCUGCUGUUGCUGCUAUUGCAAGUGUUACUUAUGCAUGUGUCUCUCUCAGUGCCCCCCCCCCACACACCCCGCCCCGCCCCGCCCCGCCGCCCCGCCCCGCCAACCGUCCAUACACCAUGCGCAUAUAGUUCAAACCAGAACUGAGGGACAUGAGUCACAAUCACAAAACCUUUUUCUGGGGAUGGCCGGACAAUCAUGCUGCG